CGUCGCGCAGUCGAUGUCACGCUCGACCUGCCCCGCGCGAUCGUGGAACCUCUUGGCUCAAUCUAGGAGGCGUGGCUAUUCUGCUCAGACAAUUCCGCUUAUCACACACUCCGCACGAAGUCGAGACACGAUUGACUCCCUCCCACGAGAACACCGGUCCAUUGUGCGCAACUCUGCAAUAUUUAACAAGCUGGCUCGUAAUAAGCAGAAACGGCAGAAGCGUGCGCAUGACGCUGCGGACUUGGCUGGGCCCGUUCAACUCCCACAGUAUGCAAAUGCGCCGGAGGUCAUGAUGGGCGACAUGCACGGUGGACAGAAGAAGAAAUCACUGUGGCCGGCUCAGACGCCUGAGUUCAAUGGCUCAGUGGGUGGUCAGGAUUUACCGCAUGAAACAAGUCAUAAUGCUGCGGGAGUCGGGGAUCAUGGCAUGCAGGGAAACCCGAUGAUGCCAUAUGGAUCAGGAGCAGCAGCCAACGCGUCUGGUUUUUAUGCGGCAAUUCCUAUGUCCAACAAUCCAGCAAGUCAGACUGCCAAUGACGGAGGGAAAUUACCGAGCGGCAACACCCCAGCUUCACCUUCAAAUGCAUUCGGCGCAUUCAAUGUCCCAUCGUGGAACCCUGUGAAUGCGAACAGUCAAUCGAUUAUUACACCACAACUCCAACAGACAUUCCCAUUCUUCAACCCGAUGUUCUCCAACCAAUACUCGAUGGGGAACCUCCCGCCUUUCCCAAUGAUACCGCCAUUCAACCCAAUGUUUCCUAUGCAGACCCAGAACAUGAGCACAAUGGCCGGGUCAACAGGGCAACUCCCUAAUACCGUUCAACCACGAAGAGCACGAUCACCAACACCACCGAUGAAGAGGCCAUCACCGACAAAGGAGUACAUGCUACAAGCAUCGAAACCACCACAGAGGUCUCCAACAAGACGACCCUUGCUCGUCAUCCUCGAUCUAAACGGCACUCUGAUCUUCCGCAAACACCGCAAAUUGCCUCCAGUAUUCGCCCGUCGCCAUGGUCUGGAUGAGUUCCUCGAUGAACUUACCAGUAGAUACGCAGUAAUGAUCUGGACAAGUUCAAAGCCGCCGACCUUGGAUGCUAUCUGCAACAAGUUGUUCCCUGCUGAGAAGCGCAAAAGCAUGGUGGCAUUGUGGGGCCGUGAUAAGUUUGGCCUCACCCAGACACAAUACAACGCGAAGUUACAGGUGUACAAAGAAUUACGCAAGGUCUGGGCUUCCCCUGAGAUUCAAGCUGUGUAUCCAGGAAAUGAGGGCGUCAAACAGCCUCCGCCGCCCAAACAGAGCGGAGGCAAAAACAGCAAGAAGAAUCGAAAUCGGCAUAAAGCUGGAACGUGCCCACCUGGUCAGCGAUGGGACCAAACAAACACCAUCCUCAUUGAUGACAGCAAACUUAAAGCUCUCAGCGAACCUUUCAACAUCCUCGAGAUCCCCGAGUUCACCAACGACCGCAACAUCGACGAAUCAAACCUAUUCACCAAAGUCCUCGCCAAACUCGACGUCCUGGCCCGUCAUGACGACGUGAGUAAAGUGCUCCGUCAAUGGAACGAACGUGUCGCGCAAGGUGAAGCCAGUAUCUUGGACCUUGAUCUCGGACCAGAAGAAGAAUUCGACGAUGAGGAAGACGGUGGGACGAGUCUCCUGGCUACCACGGCCCCUGGCACCUCUGCCAAUCCCAUCGACCUCGAUAUAAGACCCUCCCUUGCCGUCCAACUCGACCCCAAAGAAGCAACGCGUCUGAGAAGAAAGGCUCGCAAGAAGGAAAAGAAGGCUGCCAAAGCUGCCAUCGCAGCUGCCAACCAGCUUAUCCAGAAGCCGCAAGCUCAAGCUCAGUCUUCGACUAAAGCUUCUGGUAACGCAGAUCCCGCCAGUCCCAAGGCUGCCGGUGUCACUAAGCCGAGCCGUCGCAAGAAGGGCAAGACCAAGCCCCUCUGGGCACAGGAACCUAAUGUUGAGCGUGAGCUCGAGCCCAACGCGCACGUAAACAUCAUCGAGAACGCCGGUGAAAAGCGAUACAGUCUUCGCCGCAGGGUUCAAUCCAAUUCUGAGGCGGCCACUGAGCCGUUGGAUAAUCAGGAAAGACCUCGUCAUGACCAUCAAGACCUUUCGGACCGCCGUUCCGUGUCACCGGUUACCGAUGAUGGCAGACGCUCCGUCUCUCCAACUACAUCUACAGCGUCUCGGAAUACGUUGCUUGAUAAUCUGGAAGAGGGACUUGGGAUCAAGCCUAAGAGACGAAGGUGAUCAAUCCAGGACCUCUCUUUCUGAGAUUGCUGUGUGAUUUUUUUCGGGUCUCUUGCGAUGUCACUGGAUAUUGGGCGAAUGGAGUUUGGUGGAGUUUCGACCUCGCAUUGCGGUUGAGGGUUCAUGUGUAUUUGUGUAGAUAAUGUAGAAGCUAAUGGAAAGCACCAUGUUUGUUUAUUCUUCUAUGCAUCAACUCAUGUAAAG